UCACUGACUCAAUUCCGUAUGGCUCUCUGUCUGCUCACUGACUCAAUUCCGUGUGGCGCUCUGUCUGCUCACUGAAUCAAUUCCGUGUGGCGCUCUGUCUGCUCACUGAAUCAAUGCAUUGAAGUCGUUUGUUUAAACAAAUGCAUCGAGUUUGAUUCUGUUACAAUUUCAUUUUGUGGGUAGUAGUCAUAUACAUUAACACCAAGAUAGUAGUUGGCUUACACUGAGGCAACAUAGGCUAUUGUUUUAUAUAUGACACAAGGUUUUGUUCUAUUCAAGGUAACGUUAGUGUAGGAUUAUUUUCCUGACUAAUUAUUUAAUAUAGGCUAUAAUGGGCGGUAGGUAUCCUAGUGGUCAGAGCAUUGGACUAAAUCAAAUCAAAGUUUAAUUGUCACGUGCGCCGAAUACAACAGGUAUUACAGUGAAAUGCUUACUUAUAGGCUCUAACCAAUAGUGCAAAAAAAGGUAUUAUGUGAACAAUAGGUAGGUAAAGAAAUAAAACAACAGUAAAAAGACAGGCUAUAAAGGUAGCGAGGCUACAUACAGACACCGGUUAUUCAGGCUGAUUGAGGUAGUUUGUACAUGUAGAUAUGGUUAAAGUGACUACACAUAUAUGAUGAUCAGAGAGUAGCAAUAGAGUAAAUGAGGGGUUGGCGGGUGGUUGGUGGGACACAAUGCAGAUAGCCCGGUUAGCCAAUGUGCGGGAGCACUGGUUGGUCGGCCCAAUUGAGGUAGUAUGUACAUGAAUGUAUAGUUAAAGUGACUGUGCAUAUAAGAUAAACCGAAAGUAGCAGCAGCUAAAAAGAGGGGUUGGGGAGGCACACAAUGCAAAUAGUCCGGGUAGCCAUUUGAUUAUCUGUUCAGGAGUCUUGUGGCUUGGGUGUAAAAACUGUUGAGAAGCCUUUUUUCCUAGACUUGGCACUCCGGUACCGCUUGCCAUGCGGUAGUAGAGAGAACAGUCUAUGGUUGGGGUGGCUGUGGUCUUUGACAAUUUUUAGGGCCUUUCUCUAACACCGCCUGGUGUAGAGGUCCUGGAUGGCAGGCAGCUUAGCCCCAGUGAUGUACUGGGCCGUACGCACUACCCUCUGUAGUGCCUUGUGGUCAGCGGCCGAGCAAUUGCCGUACCAGGCAGUGAUGCAACCAGCUCUCGAUGUUGCAGCUGUAUAACUUUUUGAGGAUCUCAGGACCCAUGCCAAAUCUUUUUAGUUUCCUGAGGGGGAAUAGGCUUUGUCGUGCCUUCUUCACGACUGUCUUGGUGUGUAUGGACCAUUCUAGUUUGUUGUUGAUGUGGACACCAAGGAACUAGAAGCUCUCAACCUGCUUCACUACAGCCCCAUCGAUGAGAAUGGGGGCGUGCUUGGUCCUCCUUUUCCUGUAGUCCACAAUCAUCUCCUUACUCUUGGUUACGUUGAGGGAUCGGUUGUUAUUCUGACACCACCCGGCCAGGUCUCUGACCUCCUCCCUAUAGGCUCCUCCCUCUCGUCGUUGUCGAUGAUCAGGCCUACCACUGUUGUGUCGUCUGCAAACUUAAUGAUGGUGUUGGAGUCGUGCCUGGCCAUGCAGUCGUGGGUGAACAGGGAGUACAGGAGGGGACUGAGCACGCACCCCUGGGGAGCUCCAGUGUUGAGGAUCAGCGUGGCAGAUGUGUUGCUAGUAACCGAAAGGUUGCAAGAUCGAAUCCCCGAGCCGACAAGGUAAAAAUCUGUUGUUCUGCCCCUGAACAAGGCACUGUUCCUAGGUCGUUAUUGAAAAUAAUAUUUUUUUCUUAACUGAUUUGCCUAGUUAAAUAAAUAUAAAACAUAAGGCAUUUACAAGCAGAAUCUGUGUUUGAGAAAAGAACUGUGUUUACUUAAUUAUUUACCAUUAUCCAUUCAUUGCAUUGAAUAAACUUAUUUGACUCCAUCCAGUCCUCAGCCAUACACCUGUACUCGGAUCUUACAAUAGUGUCUGUACUGUGACCCAUGCUACCCUGCAUGCCUGCAUGUUAAGCAGCUUUUGCUGCCACAACUGUUUCAAAGGUAUUAGUUUGUGACGAACUUUGGGAGAAGAAACAUGACUGUUUUCACAGGCUACGCUAGUCAUUCAGAAGAUAAGCACAAGCUUCAAUGAUGCAAUGGGUGCCUGGGCCUACACAAAAGCACAGCCUGACACCAAAAUAUCAGGGUGCAUAAUGUUUUAGUAUUUAUUAGGAUCCCCAUUAGCUGCUCGCCUGCUACCAAGACAGCAGCUAUCAUUCCUGGUGUCCAAACAGGAUAAAAACAAUUACAAUGUGCAAUACUCCAAUGUGUGUAAAGUGUGUGUUAGAGUAUGUUUGUGUGUGUCUCUCUUCACAGUUCACGUUGUGCCGUGAGGUGUUGUUGUAUCUGUUUAAUUGUAGGUAAUUGGCAGGUUUUUAGAGAUGGGCUGUAUUUCGAGUAGACCAGCAUCUUUUCUUGGCACCGCUAAGCUAUUGUUGUGAGGAGUGUCAAAAAACUCUGAUGUAGGCUACUUUGAAUAGUGACAUACUGUGUUUACACUCUGUGACCUGGUAUUGUCUAAUAAGGGUUGUUUUCUCCCCUGUUGGCAUGUCCCUCUUGUGUGUAGGUGAUGGGGAUUCAGACAGGCCCGUGGGGAGCACACCCUUCAUCACAGGCAAUGAAAGAGGUGGUGAUGACCGGUCACAGUCAGAGUGUGGAAUUAGUCUCAGAACAUGAACACAAGACAGCCCAACUUUCCAGCAGUUCAAUGGGCCAGCCUCAUGGGGAGAGCUGUGCUGCUCUCUAUACUGCUGUCUGAUCCUCUCCACGUGGCGUCAGACUCGGAUGAGGAGGUCCAGGGGCCAUCAGAGUGGCAAACAUGGAAGAGGAGCAACGGUGUGUCGUACGACAAGAAGGGCGACUGUGGCUCCUGCUGGGCGUUUAGCACUACGGGGGCCAUUGAAGGACAAAUGUUCAAGAGGACAGGUCAGCUGGUGUCCUUGAGUGAGCAAAACCUUGUGGACUGCUCCAAGCGCUAUGGCACCAAUGGCUGCAGUGGAGCCUGGAUGGCUAAUGCCUAUGAUUAUGUGCUUCAGAAUGAGCUUCAGUCCACAGACACCCACCCCUACACAUCAGUGGAUUCCCAGCCCUGUUUCUAUGAAAGUAGUCAGUCAGUUGCCAGGAUUACUGAUUAGAGGUUCAUACCCACUGGAGAUGAGCAGGCCCUGACUGAUGCUGUGGCAACCAUUGGCCCAAUCACCAUUGCUGUGGAUGCAGAUCACCCAAGCUUCAUGUUCUACAGUACAGGAAUAUAUGAGGAGCCAAGCUGUAACCCCAACAACCUCAGUCAUGCAGUGCUGCUGGUUGGCUAUGGCUCUGAAGAGGGACAAGCAUAUUGGAUCAUCAAAACGGUCGGUGAAUCACAGUUGGAGUACUGGAUAGGGAGAGGGUGGCUACAUGAGAAUGAUCCGGAAUGGCAGUAACACGUGUGGUAUCGCAAGCUAUGCGCUCUACCCUAUUUUAAGAACCAUAUAGUUGAUAAAGUAUCAGAGACAGAACACAUCAUCUUGGUAGAUAGGUGUUCAGAGGUUAAUAAAAAGUAUUGAUUUGGUUUAUUUGUGGGGGUGAUGGUGCCAGGUAUUCUGUCUUUUAUACUGUACCACUCUGAGUAAUGCUAUGGCUGUAUUGCAUUGUGAUGGAGAAU